AUGGCAUCCAUAACACGGCCAGUCGUCGCCAUCGCCGGAGCCACCGGGCAUCUAGGCAAACACGUCACAGCAGCCUUCCUCUCCUCCACCUUCCAGGACAAAUUCUCCGAGAUCAUCCUCCUCUCAAGAAACGAAUCAUGUCUCUUCCAACCCUCCUCCUCCCAACCCGGCGUGAAACUUACAACCCGCCGCUACAAUGAGCACAAUCUCGAAGAAGCCCUACAAGGUAUACAAAUUCUCGUAAAUACAGUCGGACCCUCAGGACACGACUUCAAAACAAAGAUCGCAGCCACCCUCCCUCGAACCGACAUCCGAGUCUACUUCCCCUCCGAAUUCGGUGUCGACCACUGCGGCCACGACUUCGCCCACCUGGAGUGGGACGAAAAGAAGAAGCACGUUGUACAUGUGCAGUCGGUCAAUGCGCACAUCAAAAUCUGCCGCAUAUUCUGUGGCCUGAUUCUCGAAGAUAGUAUCGGGCCGUGGUUUGGUCUCGACACUCAGAACGGGCAGUAUACUAGUGUUGGGUCGUUCCGCACGCCAGUUUCUUUUACCUCGCUUGACGAUGUCGGUAGAACGGUUGCUUCGCUAGCGACUAUGCCGACCGAGAAGAUUCCUGAGGUUGUGCAUGUUGGCGGAGAUUCGCGCUCGAUUGCGGAGAUUGCGGGGAUUAUGGAGUCCGCUGGUGCGGGACACAUCAAGAUUGACUGCCUCCCGUAUGAGGAAUAUAAGGCAGAGACCAUUGCCAAGCCGUCAUGGCGUCCUGCUGCCUAUUUGUGGUUCUUGAUGGGUGAUGGGGGCAUUGCUCAUACUCCUGCUUAUCUUGGGGACGAUAAUGAUCUUGUGAACCCUGGCCAGCGGUUGUGGAAGUGGAAAACUGUAGAAGAUUUGGCGAAGGAGACUAAUGCACAGCCUGUGAAAGAUGUUGUCUGGCCUCGCCAUAAGUAG